CGAAACUUGUCGUCCAAGGUGUUCCAAGUGUUUGCAUCGUUCGUUUUUUGCCCACUCGCGCCACUGGAAAGAAGCUGGAAACCUUUGUUACUGCUCAACGCGGUGACAAGGUAGUGGCUUGUGUGCAGUAUGCUUUCUUCAACUAUUCAGACAUCCCCGGCUCCACCCGUUAGCGCGGAAAGAGGCAGCGUUGGUGUCCACCAGCCAGUACAUCAUGCGGACGUUCCGCCUAAUAUGAAAAGAAUAUUAACUCCUUCGAAGGUAGAGGCUGUGAUUUCCAAAAUCACCCCUACACGUCUCCGCCAACCUCCUGUCCGCACGCCAGUCUCUGGCAAGAGGAGCGGACCUUCGCCUGUUCUCCAUAGUCCUCCUUGUAAUGGUAAACCCAGCCCUCUGGAGGAUCGCCCACCGUGGGAUCCUGACUUCCACGUGAACCGUCCCGACCUCCGAAAACCAAAGCCAGGUCGUCCAAUAUCUGCCACCUCCCCAGGCAUAGCCCGUCCUGUGAGUCAUUCAGAAGAUGGGAAGUCACCGAGCUUUCGCGUCUCCCCGUACUCGAAGCUACCAAGAGCAACGAAUGACAUAUCGGGGAAAGAUUUCUCGGAGCAGUCGAGUCAUAGCCUCCUACGCUCGAGAUCAGUGGACUUUAGAACAGCCACCGGACAAGUCAGUGUCAUGGCUGAACUAGAGGAGCUGCAGAAAACGUGCGAUAUUCAAAAGCAGCGCAUUGCGCUUCUAGAAGGGGAACUUGAAGUGAAAACUGGACAAAUCAACGAUCUUGAGAGGAAGGUACUCUCGGAGCGCAAGAAUCGGGAAAAUAUGGAAGCCGACUUUGCUCAUCGGGAGGCGGAAAUUCUUCAGGUUUGGGAAAAGGAAUUCGAGCAAGGACGAAGUAUGGCACGAGAACUUGCGAUGUACAAGGAGUUUCACACAGAAGCGCGGGAGGAGCUUACUGGGGAGGUUGCGGGAUUGAAAGGGGAGCUAGACCGAUUGAAGGGCAUAAUGAAUGAGAGGCAUGACGAGACAUGGGGACAGAAGCAGGGUCGUAUAGGAAAGGAAAACGAGAUGGAAGAGAGGACGAACUCCCUUCGCCAGCGUAUCUUGGAAAUUGAAAGGAAGCUUGCAACGCAGAAACUAGGCCAGUCCUCGGUCGUGGCUGAAAAGAGCUGAGCAGCGCAGAAUACUUUAGGGUUUGAUAGGUAGUAUAAGGUACAGGGAUAUCUUGUGGAGUCUUUAACUCUCACAAGUAAUAAAAGAGCGGGAUGUCACCAAAA